GAAACCAAACGUGUUGUGAAUGAGAGUUUUGCGUCUUGAAGCGCCUUUAUUUAUUUUUUACCCAUUAUGUUUUUAAAGGAUUUUUAUUCAAGGAUUUAUUUGUCUUCGCUGUAGAAAGACGGAGUUCCCGGUGGGCCCCGUGUGUUUCCGUGGAUCUGGUCGACCAACAAAAACUGAACGAUGCAAGAUGUUCACCUGAACAACGAGACGUGCACGAACGGCUCCGCGGUGAGGUUGUGGUGUGGCUCCCAGCAUGCAGUGUGUUUGGUCACCACGGAUGAAACUCAGAUCUUCACCCAGCUGAACAGCAGCCUCCCAACACCGGGUGUGCAGGUGUUCAGCACCUACAACAUGUGGCUGGGUUUGAUUCUGGCGCUGCUGUCGGCCUUCCUGAUCGGUGGUAGCGUCAUCCUCAAGAAGAAAGCGCUCCUGCGAUUGGCCAGUAAUGGACAGACCAGAGCAGGAGAUGGAGGCCACGGCUACCUGAAGGACUGGCUCUGGUGGGGCGGUUUGCUGACCAUGGGAGCAGGAGAGGUCUGUAACUUCGCUGCCUACAUGUUCGCCCCGGCCACGCUGGUGACACCGCUCGGCGCCCUGAGUGUCCUCAUCAGUGCGGUUCUGUCCUCCUACCUACUGGGGGAGGUGCUGAAUGCUGUGGGGAAGCUUGGUUGUCUGCUGUGUGUCCUGGGCAGCAUUUUGUUGGUAAUUCAUGCGCCACAGGAACAGGAAGUGACAUCACUACAGGAAAUGACCAGCAAGCUGCUGGAGCCCGGUUUUCUGGUGUACGUGUCACUGGUGUCAGUUCUCUGUGCGGUGCUGGUUCUGUAUUUCUGUCCCCGCUCUGGCCAGUCCAACAUCCUGGUCUACAUCAGCAUCUGCUCGCUGCUCGGUGCGUUCACCGUGUCUUCCGUGAAAGGCCUCGCCAUCGCCAUCAACACGGUGAGUCGUGACCUGUCAGUGCUGGCACAUCCUCUCACCUGGAUCCUGCUCGUCACACUCGUGGUUUCCAUAGUAACACAAGUGAACUACCUGAACAAGUCUCUGGACACGUUCAACACCCUGCUGGUCUACCCCAUCUACUACGUCCUCUUCACCUCCGUGGUUCUGUGCACCUCCAUCAUCCUCUUCCAGGAGUGGAGGAGCAUGUCGGUCGUGGAUGUCGUCACCGCGCUGGGCGGCUUUCUGGUCAUCGUGGUGGGCGUGGCCAUGCUGCACCUCUUCAGAGACUUGCAGAUCACGUUCAAGCAGCUGACCAAUCAGCUCUCUCAGCCAGUGGAGAGGGAGGGGCUUUCGGAGGAGGCGACGGCAGGGACGAAUAAGAAGGAAGAUAAAUACGGACUGAUGGACAACAUGGUGAUAGAGAGUUUGCCUCCUAUGAGAGAGGAAGGACCGAGAGUCUUCAUCAUCAGCUGAGACAGGAGGAGAUGCAGGUUGGCCUCGUCUGGGCUGUUACUGGAAUCUCCAGCACUUUUUUAUUUUUUUUAGGUUUGAAGCCUCUAGUUUGUUGGCGCUUUCCCCCGUAUAUCUGACGGGUUUCAAGUCAAACCGAGGUGAGACCCGUCCAAGAAAGCUGUCGCGUGUCCAAAACAGUCCAGACUGAAACCAACGGAGCAACAAAACUAAAGCAGCGAGUCCAAACUCAUCUGCAUCUCGCUGCACGUUUGAUUCGUCUGUUGUACAGGAGAAGGUUUGUUUGUUUUUGUUCCCAACGAAGAUGCACAAAUGUCAGAAGGGACGUCAAAUGUCAAGAAGCGGCCUUCAGAUCUGCAACAGAUGCAAGUUUAGAUGAGACGCACCUCCAAAGGACCAAAGAACUGGUUACCAACACAACUGUGUUGAAGUUCUGUCCGUCUGUACGCUUCCACGGUCUGAACUUCCUGCUUCGUCAGCCCUCUGCUGCAUGUGUGUCGUCAGCAUGGGGCGCUCCCCGGGAACGCAGGACGGAUGUCUGUAUCGGAGCCUGAACCAUGAUCUCAAUGCCGAUACAGCGAUUAAAAACACCCCACACUCAGGCCUGUCAAAGAUGUUGCAGUAUUUGAUGUUUUGAGCUAUUCUUAUACGUUAAGUUUGUUAACAUGGGGUAGCUAAUGUGAGCUACCCUCACAAAAACAUGCACACAGUCCUGGGCUACACAUGCCCCCUCUGGCCAACCGGGGCGCCAGAUGGGGUGGGAAGAAUCCGGCCGGAAUAACGUGAUCCUUCCACGCGCUACGUCCGGCCGGAGAAGCCCCAUCCUGUCUGGUGAAAAGAUGCGGUCUGCUCACUCCUCAGGUUAAGGAGGAGACCUGAGCUCAGUGCAGGGCCCUCCCUGGGUUGGUAGAGGGAGCAAUGCCCAGGACUGUAGCUUAGGUAGGAGCACUGGGUGAUAUAAUGGGAAAAAAAAUCGGGGAUAAAAAAAAAAAAGUUUGUUAACAUGAAGCUGGAGCCGUUGCUGCCAUUAAACUAGAGGCCCCGCGAGUUUGGUUAAACAGACACGGAUCAGGGAUUCGGAUGUUCACAGUUGGGUUGUGUAAACGCAGACUGGUCGGCGUUGAUCUGAUGGCAUUUGGUGAGUUUGCUGCUGAAAACGAUUCAGUUCAUGAAACUCAGACGAACAAAAGAGAUGAAUGAGUCAAAUUUCUAAUCUCAUAGACGUGCUUUCUGUUUUCUCCCUCCUUUUAUCACAGUUUAAAGUCUGAGAUCAUUUCAGUCAGAUUAUUUCAGUGAAGUUGUUUUUCUUGUUUUAACGUAUUUUCCGCACUUUAAGGCGCACUUAAAAUCCUUAAUUUUUCUCAAAAAUCAGCAGUGCGUCCUAUAAUCCGGGGCUCCUUAUGUAUGAAUUUUGUUGUGCUUACUGACCUCGGACCAGUUUUAUGUGGAACACUGCGCUCAAAAAUCUGUCAAUGUUUUAGUGCGACUCUGGUAGCAACGAAGCCGCUCCGCUUGAUUGAUUGUCAGACCAUUGUGCUGACACAUUAAAGUCGGUCCUUGGUUGGAUACGGGUUGCACCAUUAGACAACGUUAGAUAACUAAUUAUGUAGCGCUGGCAAGCAACCAUCAUCCAACAUUUAGUCAGUGUUACCUUACUAUAAUUAGACAUCAAGCCAACGUUUUUAGCGUAAACCAAUUUUCAAAUCUAUGAAAUAAUCGAAUGUUGGAAUACAACGUUGUUCCAACCUUAUACUGACUUAAGGUGUCCGCUAUUGCUGACAACGAUGAACCAAUUAGAGAACAGGACGUAGUACGAAGGUUACCUCCGCCACUUUUUAUUUGUGGAUUCGUGGAAGACGAAUGAUUUAAAAUGUGAGUAUUUUUCUGUAUCUGUUACAACUGAACGAUAUUCUGAGUUACUGUAUUGUGAAUGAGUUGAAUGAUGUUCGACUUACCAGACUGUUUAGUUUCGCUUUGUAUGUUUUAUCAUGCAUUAUUCAACCUGUUGAAUGUAUUUUACUAGAGCUCCUGAUGAUGAAUAAAGUGUUGAUUCCUUUAAAACCUCAACUUAAAAUGCGUUGAACUUCAUUUCAGCACAUUGCACACCAACGCACUUUCCAGAUGUUGGGCUGAAAGAGUCGGAGACAUGAAUGAGACAGUGCUUUCGAACCCUUGCCGCUGCCAGUGUAUCACCAAGAAAAAAAACGCUAUGAAAAGAAAGUGAUGAGUCAAGGAAAUAUGAGUUGUUUAUUUCUGGAAACUUUGGGACAGUUUUAAGUUUGUCAGCUGAACGCUUCUUCAUGACGAACGGCUACAAACAAAAGUGUUGGGAGCUUGUAGCAGCUGGUCACCAGCAACGUUUACUAUGACGAGGCUGUCUUGUCUUCUUGUGAUGUCCAUGUAGCACCUCAGUGUUGGAGUGUUUUUUUUGUGGAAAUAUUUUAUAAGAUUAAAGCAUUUGCUUGGUAUAUCACACAUA